AUGGGAUUCCCAACUGAUAUGUUCCCAGUUUUAUUUACUAUUCCUAGAGUCGCAGGAUGGCUUGCCCAUUGGAAUGAAUUUAUUACUGAUCCUGAAAACAAAAUUGUUAGACCAAGAUAAAAUUACUAAGGAUUAGCAAACAAAAAUUAUGUUGAUAUUAAUGAAAGACCUGAAAAAUAAUCAUAUUUGCAUUCUAUAAAAAGCACAGCUACUAAAAGAAGAUAAAGUUCUAACGAAUAUUUAUAAGAAUAAAAAGAAAAUAAAGCUGCUAAUAGGGUAUGA